AUGCAUUUGAUGUACACUUUAGGCCCUGAUGGCAAGCGUAUUUACACCCUAGAGAAGCUCACCGAAAGUGGUGAAAUCACUAAGUCCGCUCACCCUGCCAGAUUCUCGCCAGACGACAAGUACUCUAGACAAAGAGUUACGCUCAAGAGAAGAUUUGGCCUUUUGCCUGGUAAAAAUUAG